AUGGAAAAAGUUGAGAAUUUAGGUGAGCUUAUUGAGGCUCAAACUCAUUUGUGGAAUGCAAUGUUCCACUUCAAGAAGUCUGCAUGUCUAAAAUGUGCAGUUGAAUUGGGAAUCCCAGAUGUGAUCAGGAAUCAUGGGAAGCCCAUCACACUUUCUGACCUGAUUUCUGUCCUCCCAAUCCACCCUUCUAAAUCUGCCCGCAUUUUUCGCUUAAUGCGAUUCUUGGCUAACUCUGGAUUCUUUGUUGAAAACCCUCAAGGCUAUGCACUCACCUCUGCAGGUCGGCUUCUUUUGAAGGAUGCCAUUCAAUGCUUGACAACUUUGGCUGAUGUUGGGGGUGGCACCGGCAAAGUUGCUAGGGCAUUGCCCAAAACUUUCCUAACAUAA